UCGAGACCAAACUAUUCUCAGGUUUAGAUCCAUCGACUGAAACGACAUACAUACCUAGAGCGUCAAUCCGAUCUAAUCUCGCCGCUCCUCCGGCCAACCGCACCGCCGACCAGCCAUGGGACGCAGAGGAGGAGGAGGAGGAGGGGGUUUCCGGUCCGCGCCUCGCGUCAGGACCCUGCCCACCAAGCCGGCGCCCAAGGCCCCGGCUCCGGUACCGGCAUCCGCCGGCGGCCACAACAACGUCAUUUCUGCCCUGGCGUACAACAUCGUCGACGGCAUCACUUGGGGCGCCGGCAACGCCAUGGGCCACAGGUUCGUCGAGUUCUUUGCCGGACCCCGCACCAUCCAGGUCGCCUCCUCCGAGCCCCAGGCAGCCACUCAGGCUGGACGGUCAGGUAGCAAAACUGGUCGGUCCGGGCUGCAAUAUUGGGCCCGAGAAAAUGUCUGUCCGGUCCGGGUUUUAACCGAGCCGCUCGGUCGGACCGAGAAAACGCAGUCACCGCCGUCGCCGUUCGUUGUCGUCGCACCCACCGGCAGCCCCACGGUGAACCACCAUGUCCCCGAGGUUCCUCUCCCCUUCCUUCCUCUCCUCCCCGUGCGCCGUAUCCUCUUGCCGCCGGUCGCCAUCGCGGUCUUGCAUGAACUGCCGCUGUUCUGGAGUUCUCGAACAUGGCCUCAAACCCAACGGUGGCACUAAUUCCUGCGGGUAUUGCGGCUGCAUGAAUCAAGCACCAAUAUUGCACCCGCACACAUCGACGCUGGUGGUUGUUCCCGGUCCGCUCGGUCCAGUCGGUCCAGCCCGGGCUUCGUCGCCGCCGGUCUGGUCCCUGAAAACAGAACCGCUCGGCUGCUCGGUCCGGUCCGGCUUGGACCGACGGCGGCCGGUCCAAACGCCGGCUCGGACCGUGUCCACCCUGAGCAGCCACCGCCGCCGCCGAUUCGUCCCUCGACUCGUGCGGCCCUCACAACAAGGCCUUCGCCGACUGCCUAAACCACUCCCAGAGCGACAUCAGCCGGUGCCAGUUCUACCUCGACUUGCUCAACCAGUGCCGCCGCGGCUCCAGCAACGCCGGCCUCGCCGCCGCAACCACCAUCGCUUAGACAUCGAGAUCUCGGCUCAAUCGGUCGCCUAGUUUUAGUUUAUAUCGGUUUAUCUACCAAGAUUAAUUCCUGUUGCCAGCCAUGGUAUUUGUAGUAGUACUAGCCAUCUGGUCUGACAUAUAAUCGUCUCAAGUCCUUUUGUUUUACUGUUGAU